AUGGUGGGAAGUAUGCUGACAGUGGGAGUCCUCGGGCCAUCCGGGAUGGGAGGAUCCCACGUCGCCGCGGAACUGUUGAGUCGAGGGCACAGAGUCGUUGGAAUAUCCCGCAGCCCUGGAAAGAUUGGCGGGCAUGCUCUAUACGAACCUCGAUCUGUCGACCUGGAGAAUGCUUCUAUCGAUGAUAUUGCGACAACGUUCAAGGAUGUGCAAGUCAUGGUAUGCGCAUAUGGGCCGCAUUCUAGUGGUGUGGAUAGCAUGAAAUACAUGCCAUUUCUCGAGACUCUACGGAAGAUCAUCCUUGCUUCCAAGGCGGCACAAGUCGUAUAUUUCAUCAUGAUCGGAGGCUGUGGGAGUCUGUUGCUGCCAGGAACCAAUGUUUGCGCUGUCGACAGUCCGAAGUUCUGGUUGGCGUAUUGGCGAUCCAUGGCUGAUAGCUACGCCCAUGUGACUUACCUAGAGCAGCGAUUCGGCAAUGGUGCUGCCCGCCUCGAUAUCCGCGCUUAUCGGAGUGCUCGAGCCGCCCAGCGAGAGGGAAGAGAUACGCCGGAAGCGCAGUUUGUCCGCGAGAGUCACGAGAAGCGUGCGACGGAGAAUGAUCACGCGAAGCCGCUGAUAACGGCUUGCAGAACCUCGCUCCUGUUCUUCGAGGGCAAUACCUCGUUUGACUGGACCUUCGUGUCUCCAUCUGCAAUGUACCGCUCUGGUCGGAAAACAGGAACUUAUGACACUUUCCUUGACUAUAUUCCUCUGAAGGGGGAUCAAGAUGAUUCCGAGAUUCUAGAUAGUCGGCUAAAGGGCAUCUCCACCUUUGAUUUCGCGAUUGCAAUUGCAGACGAGACUGAGAGAAGGCAAUUCAAGGGGAAACAUUGGACUGUUUGGGGAGAAUUAAGUGAUGAUGAGCCUGCACCAUCGCCAUAUAUUAGUCUGUAG